CCUGGUACUGGUCUACAUGUGGUGGCCUGCGUGCCUCACGCCCCCCCUCCGUUACAGGCUGGUCUUCGGCAUGCUGUAUCCUGCCUACGCUUCCUACAAGGCUGUGAAGACCAAAAACAUCCGGGAAUAUGUCCGCUGGAUGAUGUACUGGAUUGUGUUUGCAAUCUUCAUGGCCACGGAGACUUUCACUGACAUAUUUAUUUCCUGGUUUCCCUUCUACUAUGAGAUCAAGAUGGCUUUUGUGGUCUGGCUCCUUUCCCCCUACACCAGAGGGGCCAGCCUGCUGUACCGCAAAAUCGUGCACCCCAUGCUGUCCCGCAAAGAACAGGAGAUAGACACGUACAUCAUCCAGGCCAAGGAGCGCAGCUAUGAGACCAUGGUGCGCUUCGGCAAGAGGGGCCUCAACAUAGCAGCCACAGCUGCAGUGCAGGCGGCAGCCAAGAGCCAGGGUGCCCUGGCUGGGCGGCUCCGCAGUUUCAGCAUGCAGGACCUGCGAUCCAUCCCGGACGAGGCCCCCGUGCACUAUCGGGACCCCCUGUACCUAGAGGAGCCAGAGAGCGAGGGGCAGCUGCUGGACUAUCGAGCAGCCGCGGCCGGCCGGCAGGGCGAGGGCGACCCGGAUGAUGCGCCGCUCUCCAGGAGCCAGAGCCUGCGCGUGGUGAAGAAGAAGCCGCAGGGCAAAGAGGGCUCUUCCCGCCUGGUGCGUGCCCGGAUCAGGAGGAAAGCAGCUCAGCAGGACCAGGACAGUUAGUGCCCUUGGGGAAGCCCUUUGCCAGGAGUCUUAACCUGAAUUUGCUGCUGCAGCACAAGGAGGGAGCCAUGAUUUGUGUGUCCUCGGCCCUGCGGCUGCACCCUCCCGCAUGCCUCACGCCGGGCGGCCGGGGGUGGGGUUCCCCACCUCUUUACACUGUAAAUAUCUUGUUUGCCCUUUGCCUCUUCCUGGCUGCUCUGUACAUCCCGGGGAGUUAUGUGGCUGCUAAUUGAGUCUAGCUGCUUUGCAGAGGGAGGGCAGGUCUGUCCCAAACCCUUCUGACCCUGACACAGCCCUGAAUCUGUUCUCAGCUGUGCCCCCUCCCUGAGCACUGCUGCUGCAGGUCAGCACCGGUGUCUCUCCUGCUGCACCCUGGGACCAGGCUGCCUUUCCCCUGCCUGGCAGAGCCUGUGGGGAGCGAUGCCGUGCAGGGUCCUGGGCCCUCGCGCUCUCCUCUCUGCCCUGGUGAACACUAAAGGGCUCUGCUGGGAUGCUGCGUCCUCAGCUCAGUGCCCCGUUGGGGCCCUGCUCUCCUGCCACCGCGUUGCCUUACUCCCCAUGUUCCCUCUCCUCCGGAGAGGUGUGCCUUGUCCCAUCUGUCCUCUGUGAAGCCAAAGAGUCGGCCCGUGCCAAUCGCCCUGAGCCGCGGGUGCCUCCCGCGCUGUGCCGGCCGUGCCCGCAGCUGCAGGCUGCCCCACAUCCUCCUUACUUGAAAGCAGAGCGACAGUGCCUGCCCGUGGCCUGCCCGGCACCACGCGGCUCCUAAUGUUUUCCCCUCCCAGACGGUUUUGUACAUGGACAAUAAAUCUUAUUUCAGACUUUCAGAAAUGGGAAUUGUCCCUGUUGUUUCAGCGCUGUGCCCCUUG